UAUAGGAUUCAAUUUAUGAAUCAUACCAAACUUCAUGAGGGAAAUAGAAAUUAACCAUUACUAAACAAUCAUAAGGAUGAGCAUGGUGAAAAAGGUUUAGCAAGUCAACGCUUCCUUACAUUCUGGUUUCUAUAUGUUAUACGCGCAGCAAACCCAAAUUAAUACAGUAAAAGAAAUAAACGCAAAAAUAAAAGAGCAAACAUAAACAUAAAAUAACGCGCGGAGAAGAAAGAGGAAAGAAAGCAGAAGGGGAAGCGAGUGAGAAGAGCGAGUGGAAUUUACUAAAAUCGCAAACCCUAAAUUUUUUUUAAAAUUUCCCCAAAUUUCUCAAACGCGCCCUUUCGCGCACUCGCCUUCCCUUCGAUUCCACUGCUUUAUUUUGUCGACUCGCCCUGUGUCUUCGCGUGCAUUCCUCCUUUUUAAAUGAGGUUUCAUUAUAGCCUAUUUGUACAAAUAGUGGAUUUUCUUCAUGGAAGCUGAUAAUAAUGAGAGGAAGGAACCAACAUGUGGUUCAUGAUAUGGUCAACCUUCAAGAUAAUGUGCCUGUUGGAGAUACAGUGGGUGAAAACAGGGUUGAUGUUGUGGAUGAGGCACAAAAUGGAGAUGGUGUGGUUGCUAAUUUUCCCAAAAGGGCUACUGCAAUGUUUGGAGAGGAAACGGAAUUUGAGCCAUGUAAUGGAAUUGAAUUUGAGUCACAUGAGGCAGCAUACUCCUUUUAUCAAGAGUAUGCCAAAUCUAUGGGGUUCACCACUUCUAUAAAAAAUAGUAGACGUUCAAAGAAAUCAAAAGAGUUUAUAGAUGCCAAAUUUGCAUGUUCCAGAUAUGGAGUUACACCAGAAUCCGAUGCUAGCAAUAGUCGGCGAUCAAGUGUAAAAAAGACAGAUUGCAAAGCAAGUAUGCAUGUGAAAAGAAGACCAGAUGGCAAGUGGAUAAUUCAUGAAUUUGUUAAGGAGCAUAACCAUGAGCUUUUACCAGCCCUAGCAUAUCAUUUUCGGAUUCAUCGGAAUGUAAAAUUAGCUGAAAAGAACAAUAUUGACAUCUUGCAUGCUGUUAGCGAGCGAACAAGAAAGAUGUAUGUUGAGAUGUCAAGACAGUCUGGUGGGUGUCAAAAUGUAGCAUUUGUUGAAAAUGACAUAAAUUCUCAGUUUGAGAAAGGACGAAACUUGGCUCUUGACGAAGGAGAUGCCCACGUACUACUUGAAUAUUUCAAGCGCAUAAAAAAGGAGAGUCCCAACUUCUUCUAUGCAUUAGAUUUAAAUGAAGAGCAGCGUUUGAGAAAUUUGUUCUGGGUUGAUGCAAAAAGUAGGAAAGAUUAUAUGAGCUUUGAUGAUGUUGUUUCAUUUGAUACCUUCUAUGUCAAAUACCAUGAGAAACUGCCAUAUGCUCCUUUUGUUGGGGUAAAUCAUCACUGUCAGCCGAUAUUGCUUGGAUGUGCACUUCUUGCAGAUGAAUCUACAUCGACAUUUGUUUGGUUACUGAGGAUGUGGCUCAGGGCAAUGGGUGGGAAGGCUCCUAAAGUUAUAGUCACUGAUAUGGACAAAACCUUAAAGGCAGCAAUUGAAGAAGUCUUCCCUAAUACCCGGCACUGUUUUUCUCUUUGGCAUAUACUGGAAAAGAUGCAGGAAACUCUUGCUCAUGUAAUCAAAUGGCAUGAUGAUUUUUUGCCAGAAUUCAACAAGUGUGUUUUUAAGUCAUGGACAGAUGAAGAGUUUGAUAUGAGGUGGUGGACAAUGGUCACUCAAUUUGAGCUUCAAGAUGAUGAAUGGGUUCAGUCAUUAUAUGAUGAUCGUAAGAAGUGGGUGCCUACUUACAUGGGGAAUACAUUUCUUGCUGGAGUUUCUGCAACUCAACGUUCUGAAAGUAUGAAUGCGUUCUUUGAUAAAUAUAUACAUAGGAAAAUAACAUUGAAAGAGUUUAUGAAACAAUACAAAGUCAUUUUGCAAAAUAGGCAUGAGGAGGAGGCCAUAGCAGAUUUUGAUACUUCUCACAAACAGCCUGCCUUAAAAUCUCCUUCUCCUUGGGAGAAGCAAAUGUCAAUCCUUUACACACAUGCGAUAUUCAAGAAAUUUCAAACUGAGGUUUUGGGUGUAGUUGGCUGCCAUCCCAAAAAGGAAAGUGAAGAUGGAACACAUGUGACAUUUCGAGUUCAAGACUGUGAAAAGAACGAGUACUUUUUGGUGUCAUGGGACCAGACAAAGUCAGCGGUGUCUUGUUUAUGCCGAUUGUUUGAAUAUAAAGGUUUUCUUUGCAGGCAUGCAUUGAUUGUUCUUCAAAUCUGUGGUCUUUCAAGCAUCCCAACUAAUUAUAUUUUGAAGAGGUGGACAAAAGAUGCAAAGAGCAAGCAGCCAAUGGCUGAAGGAACAGAAAGGGUACUUUCUAGGGUGCAACGAUAUAAUGCCUUAUGCAAACUAGCCAUUGAAAUGAGCGAAGAAGGAUCAUCAUGUGAAGCGAGUUACAAUAUUGCUUUUCGCACACUAGUAGAAGCACUGAAAAAUUGUGUGAAUGUGAAUAAUAGUAACAAUAGUCUUGCAGAAUCUGGUGGCCUAUUUUUGGCUCAUCGUGAAGCAGAGGAAGAGAGUCAGGGAAAUCUUGCUACAAAAUCAAGUAAGAAGAAGAAUCCGAUCAGGAAAAGGAAGGUGCAAUCAGAUUCGGAUCUCAUGCUUGUGGAAGCACAAGAUAGCUUGCAGCAAAUGGAAAAUCUAGGAACAGACGGGAUUACCCUUAAUGGUUUUUAUGGUGCACAACAGAACGUGCAGGGACUGGUACAGUUGAACUUAAUGGAGCCACCUCAUGAUGGUUACUAUGUCAAUCAACAGAGCAUGCAAGGGCUGGGGCAAUUGAAUUCAAUAGCUCCAGGCCAUGAUAGUUUUUUUGGGACCCAGCAAAGCAUAAAUACCCUGGGGCAAUAUGAUUUUCGGCCUCCAACUACUUACAUUUAUAACUUGCAGGAUGACUCUCAUUUGAGAUCUUCACACAUGCAUGGCAAUGCUCCAAGACACGAGUGAUGAUGAAAUAUCGUACUUAGUAGGUGGAAUAAUACCUUUUCCCCUCUUUUUUCCGCACCUGAGAUGGUAAAUGGAGCUGGAUGUUUACCUAGGAAACUAACUUUAGUAAAUAGCCAACAGCUGUUCUCAACGAGCUCGAACAUAUUUGAUUGUCAUUGCCCGAAAUUAAACUGUGCAUGCGUGUAUAAGACUUCUUAUAAUUAUUCUGGUAUUUAGGCUUGGUCUUAUCAAUCUAUCAUGCCAUGUGGCUCUACUAUGUUGCCAAAGCUGCUUAAACCAUUGGAGAUAUAGAGAUGGCCAUCUUGUUUGAUAAAAGCAGACUACAUUUGUCUUUUAGGUGAGAUGCGAAAGAUGACACGAGAAUGGAACUUUUCUUGUCAUUAUAUAUGCUAGGACUCCAACAAUGAUCUCUCAUGUUGUAGAAGUAAUUGUACUAUUUGUAACCUCAAAAUCCUGUCAAACUCUUCCUCUACUCUCAGUUGUAAUGUUCUUUUAGCAUGAUGGCAACAUGAAUUUAGUGCACUCCAUCAUGUUGGUGAAUUUUAAUUUUUACUUUGAAAAUCAUUGAACUUUGAUUUUGCUAUCA